AUGGCUCCUUCGGCACUCCAGCCUCCAACCCGACUCUCUCCAGCGGCCGCGCUGGCAUUGUCCCAACAAGCGCCGGCAAUCUUGCGCAGCUCGACGUCGAUCGCGUAUCCGCCCCCCCUCAACAAGCUGCUUUCGGGCUCGGAGAACUCGGAGAAAUGGCUACAAUACGAAAACCUCAUUAUGUCGUGUCUGCGAACAGGCGACGACCAGGCCGCACAUGCAUGCCUCAGGCGUCUCAUCGUCCGCUUCGGAGAUGACAACGAGCGGGUGCAGGCUCUCAGGGGCCUCGUCAAGGAGGCCGAGGCCAGGAACAACGGCGCGUUGGAGGAAGUUUUGAAGGAAUACAAUCAGAUACUGAGCGGGAAUGACACCAACAUUCCAAUCGCGAAGAGGCGGAUUGCGCUUUUGCGGUCCAUGGGGCGCCUUUCUGAUGCAACAUCGGCUCUUGUGCAGCUUCUCGAUUUCUCCCCGACUGAUGCCGAGGCGUGGUCGGAGCUGUCGGAUAUCUACGUGUCUCAGGGCAUGUACUCGCAGGCCAUUUAUGCCAUGGAGGAGGUGCUUGUCCUGGCACCAAAUGCAUGGAAUAUCCAUGCGCGGCUGGGUGAGCUGCAGUACAUGGCUGCUACCGCCCCGGGUGUUGCCAGUGGCUCGUACCAACAGUACAUGGCUGAGGCGAUCAAGCGCUUCUCACGAAGCAUCGAGCUGUGUGACGAUUACCUCCGGGGCUACUACGGGCUGAAACUGGUCACGAAGAGAUUGCUCAUUGAAGGGGCCCUGGCGGCGAAGCAAACAGAGGGCAGUGAGUUCACCCUGCCAGACACAAAUACCAUUGAGCGGCUCAAUGAGCUGGCCACUGCCAAGUUGUCCGAGAUUGUGCGACGCAGUCUCUCGCAUGACCGGGGCUGGCGCGGAUACAGCGAAGGCGACAUAGCGGUAGCUCGGGACUUGCUUGGCGAGGAUGAAUCCCAAGUUACGCGGUGA